AUGCCAAACUAUGUGAGGUUCCUAAACAAGAAGAGAAAGCUGAGAGAGUAUGAGACUGUGGCGGUGACCAAGGCUUGCAGCAAUAUUCACACAAGCAAAAUUACAGCAAAGAUGAAGGACCCUAGGUACUUCACAAUACCCGUUUCCAUUGGAGGGCAGAAAAUAGGGCUUGCAUUAUGUGAUCUGGGAGCCAGUAUUAAUCUUAUGCCCUUAUCCAUCUACAACAAGCUGGGUAUAGGAGAAGCGAGGCCUACGACAGUGACAUUGCAACUUGCGGACCGAUCCAUCACACAUCUGGAAAGGAAAAUUGAAGAUGUCUUGGUACAAGUUGAUAAAUUCAUUUUUCCUGCUGACUUUAUUAUUUUGGAUUAUGAUGUAGAUAAGGAGCUCCCUAUCAUCCUUGUGAGGCCAUUUCUUGCAACAGGGAGAGCGCUGGUAGACAUUCACAAAGGAGAGCUGACAAUGCGAGUUCAAGAUCAAUAA